AUGGGCAACGCAGUCCCAGAAGCUUUUGCUCAAGCUCUGGGAACAGACACUGCAGACCCUGACAUCAGCUCACAGAGCUUGAUUAAAAUCAUGUCCGAGGAGGUAUCUAAAAGCGUCAACUCCGCCAUCACGACGAGCAGAGAUGCAGAGAGUCGGUUUAUGUCUCACGUGACUCCCUCCCGUAGACUUAAUGACAUGGUUGAGUACGCUCGAUCCAUGAUGCAGUCAUUCAUCAGGAAAACUACAUCAUUUGCUUGCCUGUGUCGAAAAUCUUCACCUGGAGAUCUAGAGGUUGUGGACGUAGAGGAUGAUGAUCAUGAUGAGAGCUGCAGUUCAUUACCUGUGCAGGUAGGAAGCUCUGAGACUGACUCAAAGCAAUCGGCGGACAGCUCAGAAAGUAGAAAAUCUCAGGCCCAGAAAAUAGUGUCUAAGGAGCUGGGAGAUAUCCUAGACAUUUUACUGGACGAUGCCUCUGACGCUGAGCGAGAUGUCUUGCUGCGUGACACCUACCAGGAGAGUGAUAGUGUCGUGAGUGACAUCAGCGAGUCUGCUGGUGCAGCAGUCAGGGCAGAUAACCCCAAGAUAACUCUUCUGUUGGCUAAACAGUAUGCCAAACAGUUGAUACAUCGAGCUGCGAGAAAUCUGAAGAAAAUUUUCUCGCCAAACAGCAAAGUGAAAAGCAGAGAAUCACUGCAAUCCUUUGCUGACUCUGUAUGUGAACUGCUCCAACCAGAGGGUGGUGAGAAACACCCAGCUGAUGAAGAGAGGCAGUUAGAAAAACUGCAACAUAUCGCAGAGGGUAGAGACCUGGUCUUUACAGAGGCACUGAGGAGCCUCCUUUCUGAAUACACCAUUGACGGGAUGACUCCAGAGUCAUUUUGUCAGCUUGGGCCAUUCAGAAAUACACAGGCCAUCAGGAGGGCUACUUGCAGCACAGUGUGGCGUUUCCAGGGUAACUGUCCCAAAGUGAGCUCCAUCAACGACCGCAGCGAUUGGAAGAUUGUGAAGAAAGCCUUGACUGUGAUUGGCUUCAGCGAGGAAGAGGUGGAGGAGCUGUUGAACAUAAUUGCCAGCGUGCUCCACCUGGGGAAUGUGCAGUACGGCGGAGAGGAAGGCACUGUCUGCAUCACCUCUGACACACAGAUAAAGUACCUGACCAGGUUGUUAGGAGUGAAUGGACCAGUGCUGACAGAGGCACUCACACACAAGAAGAUAAUUGCCAAGGGAGAGGAGCUGGUGAGCCCACUGAACCUGGAGCAGGCGUCAUCGGCUCGGGAUGCUUUGUCCAAGGCGGUGUACGGACGCACCUUCACGUGGCUGGUUAACAAGAUCAACAGUUCACUGGCAUACACGGAUGACUCCUACAAGAACUGCUCAGUCAUUGGCCUGCUGGACAUCUACGGCUUUGAGGUCUUCCAGAACAACAGCUUUGAACAGUUCUGCAUCAACUACUGUAACGAGAAGCUGCAGCAGCUCUUCAUCGAGCUCACCCUCAAGUCAGAGCAGGAGGAGUACGAGGCCGAAGGCAUCACGUGGGAGCCGGUGCAGUACUUCAACAACAAGAUCAUCUGUGACCUGGUGGAGGAGAAGUUCAAAGGCAUCAUCUCCAUCCUGGAUGAAGAGUGUCUGAGACCCGGAGACGCCAGUGACCUCACCUUCCUAGAGAAGCUGGAGGACACUGUGGGAGGACAUCCACACUUUGUCACUCACAAGCUGGGUGAUGCAAAGACCCGGAAGGUAAUGGGCCGUGACGAAUUCAGACUGCUGCAUUACGCUGGAGAGGUCAACUACAAUGUCAACGGAUUUUUGGACAAGAACAACGACCUGCUCUUCAGGAACCUAAAAGAGGUGAUGUGCAUGUCCGAGAACAAGAUCCUGACCCAGUGUUUCGACAGGGAGGAGCUGACUGACAAGAAACGUCCAGAGACGGCAGCCACCCAGUUCAAAGCAAGUCUGGCGAAACUAAUGGAGAUCCUCAUGUCGAAGGAGCCGUCAUACGUCCGCUGCAUCAAGCCCAAUGACUCCAAGCAAUCAGGUCGGUUUGACGAGGUGCUGAUCCGUCACCAGGUCAAGUAUCUGGGGCUGAUGGAGAAUCUGAGGGUGAGGAGGGCCGGCUUUGCUUACAGACGGCGCUACGAGGUCUUCCUGCAGAGGUAUAAGUCCCUGUGUCCAGACACGUGGCCUAACUGGCAGGGGAAGCUGUCAGAUGGAGUGGCCACACUGGUCAAACACCUGGGAUACAAGCCUGAGGAGUACAAACUGGGCAGAUCCAAAAUCUUCAUCCGCUUCCCAAAGACCUUGUUUGCCACUGAGGAUGCACUAGAGACCAGGAAACACAGUCUUGCCACCAAGCUGCAGGCAGGAUGGAGAGGCUACAGCCAAAAGUCCAAAUACCAAAAACUGAGAACCUCAGCGAUUGCCAUCCAGGCAUGGUGGAGAGGGAUCCUGGCCCGGAGGAGAGCACAGCGCAGGCGACAGGCUGCUGACACCAUCCGCAGGUUCAUCAAAGGCUUCAUCUACCGCCACAAAGAGCGCUGUCCAGAGAACGAGUACUUCCUGGAUUACGUGCGCUACUCCUUCCUCAUGAAGCUGCGCAGGAACCUGCCCAAGAACGUCCUGGACAAGAGCUGGCCGACACCUCCAGCUGCUCUCGUCGAGGCGUCAGACCAUCUGCGUAAGCUGUGCAUGCAGAACAUGGUGUGGAGCUACUGCAAGAAGAUCAGUCCUGAGUGGAAACACCAGAUGGAGCAGAAGAUGAUCGCCAGCGAGAUCUUCAAGGACAAGAAGGACAACUACCCACAGAGCGUGCCCAAACUGUUCGUCAGCACCAGACUCAAUGGCGAGGACAUCAACCCCAAAGUGGUGCAGGCUCUGGGCACUGAGAAGAUGAAGUACGCAGUGCCAGUCACCAAGUACGACAGGAAAGGCUACAAGGCUCGGCCCCGCCAGCUGCUGCUCACCGGCAACAGCGCCGUCAUCGUAGAGGAGGGAAAACUCAAACAGCGCAUCGACUAUGGCGCUCUGAAAGGUAUCUCCGUCAGCUCCCUCAGCGACGGCCUGUUUGUUCUGCACGUGCCCAGUGAUGACAACAAACAGAAGGGCGAUGUGGUUCUGCAGAGCGACUACGUGAUUGAGACCUUGACCAAGAUUGCGAUCUGUGCUGACAAAAUGAACACCAUCAACAUCAACCAGGGCAGUAUAAAGUUUACAGUGGGUCAGGGGAAAGAGGGCGUCAUCGACUUCACGCCCGGAUCAGAACUACUGGUGGCCAAGGCGAAGAAUGGACACUUGUCUGUGACGGCUCCCAGACUCAACUCCAGAUGAUGGCCACUCUGACCACACACACGUGCCAGGACCUGCGUGCUCCUGACCUCUCCCAUCCUCCAAUCACAUGACCGCAGACCCCUGCUCUGCCUAAGCCAAUCAGACGCCAGCUACACGGGUGGCAUGUGCUUCCAAUUAAAAAAAAAAAAAAAAAAA